UGAUUUGAAAAACACUAUGUGUAUACAUGGUAUUGUUACAAAAGGACAAAAGAACUCUAGAUACUGGACAACAGUUUAUAAACUACAUUAUAAAAAAGAUGGUGACAUUAAAUUUCUUACAAUUCAAGAUGAUGGGAAAGAAAAAUUGUUGUCUGCUAAUAUUAACAGUGAUUCACCAGCUAACAGGAACUUUACAAAGCCAUUUGAUGCACGGUUUAUACGUCUUUAUCCACAUUAUUGGAAUUACUAUCCUGCAUUAAGAUUUGACCUCCUUGUAUCUAAUAAUAGUUGCCCAACUGACUUUACAUGUGGAAAAUGUCCAGCUAUUGUGACCACACCAACAGGCAAUGUGAGAAUCCAAUAUGAGUCAUGUUGCUCCAAGUUACCAUACAUCUGUGAGACAGAGACAUGUGACCAGGACAAGAAAGAAUCUUCGACUGCUGCAACUGUUACUGAUUCCUCUAUUAACAACACCAUGAACAAUUCCAGCGCCAGAAAUGGAUUUCCUUCUUCUUCAAAUUCUUCCAUGGCCAUAAUAGGACUACUUAUUGGAUUCGUUUUUUUCAUCAUUGUUUCAUUUAUCUUACUGAUUCUGCUGAUCUUUUCAUACUGCAAGCUAAAAAGACUUAAAGAUGCCUCGGAAGCAGGAAAUCAACAUAAUAUUGACAUAAACAAGGGAGAGGUGAACCAAAGUAUAGCAAUGGUCACAACAGACUUACAUGCCAAAACUGAAGCAAAUGACCUAUACACAGAAGUUGAAGAAGAUAGAAGAAAAUCAGAGAUGAUUUUUACAAAUACUGAAGCAUAUGAUGCUACAUAUGAUACAACAGAUGAUGUUAAAGAUAAUGCAACAUAUGAAAAUGUAAAGACAGACAGUUCUUCAGAUACUGUAUACCAUCAGACUCCUGAUGAUGAGAAUAUUUACAGUGUAGAAAAUAAAGUAGAGGAUAGUGAAAUUCCUAUUUACAAUGUAGAAAAGAAGGUGGAUGAUAGUGAAAUUCCAGAUGGAAUUAAAAUGUUUGAGAAUGACAUAUACUAGUUUACUUAUAAAAGAUAUAUCAAAAUUAUAUUUUAAUCAUAAAAACUGAAUAUAGGGAAUACCGAAAAUGGCUUUGCAUCUUAUAAUAAAUUGUAUUCCGUUAUCACUAUAUCAUUAUUGAGCUGUACAAAAUAUGUAAAUGUUACAGAAUAUUUUGGAAGCCUUUAAAAUUCAACAAAAGCAAUCUGCAAUACACAGUGUGAUACCUCAAAUAUGUAACCUAAUUUUUGCUGGAAAUUUCUUGAAUUCCCUGUGUAGAAGGAGCAUUCAAUAGCUAGAGCAAACAGUAUACUUAUAUUGUGUCUACAACUUAUUUGGAGAUGUAUUUGGAGAAAUCUCAAAAAUGCAAUUUCUGAAAUAGGAAUUCUGUUUUGUCAUUAUUUGAGUCAUUUCUGGUUCACACACUUUAUUCUCAAAGGCAUAUUGGAAUACAAGUAUGUUUGCUCCAUUGUAUACAGUGUUCAUUUUAUACAGGACAUUUUCUCAAGAGGGUGCAAAAUUGUCAUUUACACAAUUCAAGUCAAAAUUGUCAAAAUUUUUUUCAUUUCCAAGUGGGUGCAAAUAGAUUUUCAGGGUGCAAGCAUUUAUUCAAAAUCUCAGGUGGGUGCUGCACUCACUUGCUUUAAUGCUGGGGAGAGCACUGCUAUAUCUAUACAAAAUUGUCGUAGAAGAUUCUACCAACAUUUAUUUAUACCGAGAUUAGAAUUGUCUUUAUUGGGUCCACCCUGUGUUUAAAAAC